AUGAAACCUGAUGGCGACGACAGUCGUGAUGUGCAUAUGCCUUCUGGUCUGCGAGCCAGAGGGAAGAAUCAUCGCUCCUCGACAGAACGGCCACUGAUCGACUCCUACGUGGGCAUCACAUUGGAGCCAGCGCAGGCUGCACUUGCGCAGCAACGGAUCCACAACAUGCAGCAGAGAGACAGCGAUAUCAACCAAAAGAAAACAGCGGAGAUAUUCUGUGCAGACGCCGCAGACCCCAAGAACUGGCCAACCGACCUCCACCAAUCUCUUUCUCUCUCCUCUUCUUCCGAAAAAGCAAAAGCAAAAACAACAUGGCUCCUCGCCCUAGACACAAUGUACCAUUUCCGACCCUCGCGCCUUCCCCUCCUCAAACACGCCCACGAUUCCCUACACGCCUCGGUAAUGGCGUUCGACCUCAUCCUCGCAGACAGCGUCUCCUGGCGAGACCGCCUGUUCCUCCGACUUGUGUGCUGGUUAACCGGGUCACCUUUUGGAAACUUUAUCUCGAGGGCGGAGUAUGAGCGGCUCCUCGUGGCGGCCGGAUAUGAUUCUGGGAGCAUUGAGAUCCGCGAUGUUUCGAGGCAUGUUUUUGUAGGAUUAGCUGCGUUCUUGGAUGUGAGGGUCAAGGAGGGGAAGCCGCUGGGGAUGAAGAUGGGGAAGUUCAGGGCUGCGAGGGCGGUGUUUGGGUGGUGGGCAAGGAGUGGUGUUGUUAGAGGGGUGGUUGUUGUUGCAAGACGGCAAUAG